AUGUUCACGGCGGCCGCUGUGUCACCGCCGCCACUGCAAUCAGUGCAGACGGGUGGCCAGCUGCAACAGCCGACGGACUUGGCGUCCACGGUAGACCUGACGGCAGACAACCGGGAGCCUAUCGAUUAUCUGACGCCACCGCCAAGCGCCGACUUUCAGUUCCAGCAGCAAAGCUUUCCGGCCGGUGAUUCGACGACACAGAACCGGCCGGAGUCACACGUCCAAAACGUACAGGCGCCGCCGCCACCACCGCUCGUACCAUUGACCGCACAGUCGGCGCCCGUGGCAGUGCACACGUCGCCGUUCACACCCAGCGGAGGAGCCGGUGGCGGCGGCGGUUUUCCCUCGGCCCAGGCACAACCACCACCUUCACACGGGACAUCACUCAGUUCGCUCGCGGUGCAGACAUCCUCACCUAGUAACCAAGUGCAUAGCCUGACGUUCGCUAACCCACCACUGGAACAGUUCACUCCAUACACGCCGUCGCUGCAGGUGAAUAACGAUCCCACGGCCAACCAGCAGCAGCAGCAGCAGCAAAACGGCGGUCGCUGGGAACUGGGAUUCGAUGCUAGCGAGAUACUCACGCCCCCAUUCUUGGGUGGCCCGGAACAGCCAUCCAGCGGCAGUGGUCAGACAUUCUUCCAGCAAGAUUUUGGCCAAGAGACAGCGAGUUCGGUACGCAACAACAAACAGUACCCUGCGAACAGUGGCGGAUCUCUGUUCUUCGGUGGAGGUGGAAGUGGCGGAGGAGGUGGUUUUGAUGUCUCCUCUGCGACCAACACUAAGUUCACGCCACUGGACGCCGUCAUACGGCCGUCGUCGUCCAACAAAAAUGUGUACUGGGGUACGCCGAAGACCGCUCAACAACAGCCGCUCAGGCCGCCACCCUCGUUCGCCGAACCAAAUGCCUUCCGGUUCAACAACAACAACAACAACCAUUUUCACCAACUGCACAAUAACAAUCAUAACCCACACCAUCACCACCAGUACGUGGACGCGUUCCAGAUGCCGUUCACGGGCCAGUUUGACGGGCCGUUGUCACAGGGCACAGUCGCCGAUCACGUGGUGCACAGUUCUUUCAGGAUCAAACGACAGCUCCGAGACGCGGGACUCCCGCCGCCGGAAGCGCGAUCGGACUCGGCCGACCGCCGUGGUGACGACGAUCGCUUCGGUGACCGGAAACCCGUUUACAGUUUCGUCAAGACGGACAGAAACGGAAAUUUCAAAUGGAGCGUCAGACACGGUUACUAA